AUGUAUAUAAUGGAUCAUUAAAAGAUAUAACUUGGUAUAUGAUAGCAGGAAACCAUGACUGGUACUCAAAUGUCAUUGCGCAAGUUGACUAUUUUUGGGAUUUUAACUCUAAAUUCUUCCUUCCCGCUCUUUAUUACGUUCGAGAA